AUGUCAAAAGAAGUAGUAAUUAUAUUAUAUAUACUAUGAAAGAGAUCUAUUUCAGCACAUGAACCUAUACUUAAAAACACAAAAUUAUAAACUUAAAGAAAGUAAUUCAAAUAUUCUAAUUUAGUUAUAUGAAUGUUUCCAAAUUUUGGCCUGAAAAUGAUUAUCACGAUAAAGAAACUCUAUAUUUUCAAUUAAAGACUCUUAAAGAAGAAAUUAAUCUUCUAAGAACAGAAAAUAUUAAGUUAAAAACUAGAAUUUUAUAAUAAGAUGUAUUGUAAAUAUUAAUUUGUUAGAAAGAACUCUAGAAUUUUAAUAAAUAUAUUGAAGAUCAAUAAUUUAAAUAGAAUCCUUUAUCUAAAAAUCAUGAAUACAUCAUUUAAUAAAUUAAAAAAUAAAAUAAAGAUUUAUAGUUGCAGUUAUAAGAGAAAUUGUGCAUCAUUGAAUAAAUGAAAAAGAAUAUUAAAGUUACAAAAGUAUAAGAAAUCUAGAUACAAAAUUAAUUAUAUAAAGAAGAAAUUAACAAAUUAAAAAAAAUAUUAUUGGAUUAAGAAAACAAUUAUAAAGAGUAUAUUAUUAAUUAUAUUUUAUAGAUUUCUAAAUUCAUAAACUAUAAUCAAAGAUAAUUUCUUAAAAACAUAAUAAGGUUUUAUUAAAUAACAAAAUGAAAUUAAUGAAUUGAAAUAAUAAUAAUCAAAUGAUUAUUAGAAAAUCAGUUAAUUAUAAGUAUUUCUUUUAAGUUUUAUUAGAAUGAAGUUUCAAAAUUAAAUCAAAUUAAACUAAAUCUAGAAGAUAAAAUUAAAAGAAUUACAACAGAAUAAAAUAAAAAGAGUUCUACUAAUUCCUUUAGGAGUAAUAAACUUUAAGCUACUACUGAAAUAUCUUGUACUUAACUUAAAUCUAAAACACAAGAUGAACUUUAAUAUAAAUUAAUAAUUAGAGGUAUCACAUAUGAAUAAUUUAAUUAAAUGAUCCAAGAAUUAAAGUAAUAGGCAAUUGAUUUAAAAAAACAAAUUGAAAAGGAAGAUAUUGAAUAUAUAUUAAGUUAAGAACCAUUUAGUUUAGGCUAAGACAGAAUAUAAGAAGUGAUUAAAUCAUUAUCUUUAUCUGGUAAUAAAUUAGCAGAUACUUUAUUGAAUUAAAUAGGAAAAUAUAAAACAUUUUUUGAUUAUCCUGAUUUUAAAAUUUAGGAAGCAGAGACAAUUAUAAAAUAAACUCUAAAAUAGCCAGAAAUAGCUUAGUAUUUAUAAACAAAAUAAUUCUAAAUUUGGAAUAAAGAAGAUAUUUUAUAGAUGCUAAAAUAAUUAAAAAUAAAUUGGAGUGAACCUGUUUUAUUGUUCUAUAUCUUAAAUGUAUAAUAGCCUAUUAAAAUUAUAGUUAUUUGAAAAAUCUGGUUAAGUACUUGAAUUUAAAAGUGAUUCUAUUAUUGACCCUUUUCCAUAAUUGAUAUAGAAAGAGUCUUCAAGAAUAAUUGAAGAAAGUGAAGAAGACUUAUUUGAAUAAUUAUCAGAUAAGUCUUAAACUGUUAUAAUUUAAGAUACUGAUCAAUAUAUUACAUGA